AUGACUGCUGCUGGCAUAUUACCGAACACCACAGCUGCAGCCUCGAUAACCUGGCGAGCUCUGAUGAGAGCACUGCUAGUUCGAUUGCCUUCUUUCUGCUCCACCCUUCGUGACUCCCCCUUCGCCGCUUCACCUCGUCCAUUCCACGCCUCCUCCACUUCAUCCCCACGGCUCCCCAAAACCCCCUGCUUCCAAAGACUCUCCUUUUUCCUUCAAUACCUCUCUAAAACCCCCAGCGACCCCAGAUCCCUUGCCGCCCUCGAUUCCGCCCUCGCCGAAGCCCACCUCCUCGACUCCACCGCCUCCGUCCUCCUCAUCCGCGCCCUCUCCCGACGCAAGAAGCUCACCAGAGCGAAGUCUGUCCUCUCUGGCCUCAAGCAGCGCGGCAUCGUCCCCGACCUCUUCCUCUACAGCCUCGUGCUCCAAUGCCUACUCCCGGAAUCCCCCAUCCGCGACGUCGAAUCGGUUUGGCAUGACAUCAAAGGGGGAGGCCCCGAUGGGAUCUCCGGCGCUUCGGAUUUCUUCAUCGGUCUCUGCCGGCGCCGCGUUGACGCGUCUGAGAUCGAGCAAGUCUAUCGCAGGGUUUCGAGGAGCCGGUGGGGUUUGAGUAGGCAGAGGUACAUGGCCUUGAUUGGUGCUUUCUGUCAGAGUAGCUGCCCGAAUCCGAGUUUGGCUAGAGCUGUUCUGAGGGAAAUGGAGGAGAAGGGAUUUGAAGCAGAUGAAUUGACUUACUUUGCUAUCUUCCGCAGCUUCUGUCGAGUUGGGAACGUCUUCGAAGCUGAUUUGGUUCUCAGGAGCAUGGUGGAUAGGUGGAACUGUAAGCUUGACAUACUGAUCUACGGGAAUUUCUUGUAUGGGUUGUGUAAGUCGGGUAAGUUGCGAGAAGCGCGCAAGUUGUUCGAUAAAUUGUUGAAGAAAGGCCAAAACAUCAAAGAUAGCUUGAUUCCAGUGCUAAAGCCAGGAAGGCGAGUCAUCUUCCAACUGAGCUCGACCAAGUUGAUUUCUGAAACGGUGGCAUUUGGGGCGUACUUCCAAUCGCUUUGUAAAACAGGGAGAGUUGAAGAGGCUGAAAUGCUCUUGAAAGAGGCAACAGAGAAGAACAUUCCGGUGGAGACCCGCGUUUAUGUGUCAUUCAUAGGGGCCUUGUGCCGGGCUGGUAGAGCAGAAGAUGCGGUCGAGUUUUUAGAUCUCGAAAAGAAGAAACAAAGUGUAUCUGUUGGUGAUAUCACUGUUGCUGUGAUAGCAGGUCUCUGCAAACUAGGCCAGGUUGAUGAUGGAUAUAGGCUUCUCUUGGAGAUGGUAAAUGAGGGAGUUUCUCCAACUGCUCAAGUUUGUAAUUGGAUUCUAAAAAGCUAUUGGGAAGCAGGGAGGAUGGAGGAGGCAAUUGGCCUUUUUGAGAAGUUGAGGGCUGGGAAUUGUGGUGGUUGUGUUAGGCCCAAUGCAUCGACAUAUUCUUUGAUGAUCCAUGGCCAUCUGGGGAGGGGGGAUAUUGCGAUGGCUGUCUCUUUCGUUGAGCAGAUGGAAAGGGAGAAGAUGCAAGUAGAUGUUGGCUUGCACACAUCUGUUGUUCGAAGUUUAUACACUACUGGAAAACUUGAGGAGACACAUCAUUACAUGAACAAAAUGAUUGAAAGUGGGACUAUAGUUUCAUAUGCUGAAUGGGAAGAGUUAGUGAAUUCCAUGACAAUGAGAAUCGAGGAUAUCUAUACCUUGAAGUCGGUAACAGAGAUGAGAGGCCAUUAG